AUGUCCUUAUAUAUACAUAUGAAUAUAGAGAUCCAUAUAGAGAUCCAUUCAGGCAUAUCAAAGCUAAGAUAAAAUCAAUAUUUCAAUCUGCAAAAAACCCUCAUCUUCAAAUUAUGUCAAUCUUGAAUUUCUAUUCUCUAAGAGACUUGCACAAUUCCGCAAAUGAUUUGCUCCAUUCACCAAACUUCAAACGUGCUCUUUCCUACCACCAACAAAACCAAACGUCUGUUCAAAAAGUCUCUGAAUCGUCCUUAAAGAUGUUAGAUUCUUGUGGGAGAACAAAAGAAAUACUCUUUCUUGUCAAAACUCACAUCCAAGAGCUCCAAUCCACGUUUCGCAAAAUCACCCUUGGUGAAACAUCUUCUGCUGAAAAUAAAUUUUCAGCUUAUCAUGUUCAUCGAAAGGAUUUGAAGAAACAGAUGUUAAACAGGCUAAAGUCUCUAAAAAUGACGAAGAACAAGACGACAAGCAAUGAUUAUGAUGACAAUAGCAUAGUUGUUGUAGCAAAUGUGCUUGGUGAAGUUAGGGAAACAAUCAUUUCGCUUGUGGAGUCGCUUAUGCUACUUAUGUCGAUGCCCAGUCCUAACCCUAACCCUAAGACAAGAAAAUCUAUGCAUUCUAAUGGGCUUAUUGCGGCCAAGGCUAAGUUUAUGAGGGUGAAUAGUUUGACCCCAUGGGAAAAAUGCGAAGUUCAUGCAGUUCGACGAGCGAUAGAGAGGUUGGAGGCUGUGGAGAGUGCUGUGGAAGACUUGGAGGUUGAACUGGAGUCUAUCUUCAAGAGGUUGAUAAGAACUAGGGUUUUGCUACUCAACAUACUCUCAAAUUAGAGAGGUGUAUACUCAUAGUAUGUAUUCUUUGAUUCAUUUUGUUCUCUGUAAAAGAUAGAUCACAAGUCCAGAUGUUUGGUACUUUUUCAUCAUAAACUAUAGAUUCUGACAUGUACACUAAAUUACCCUCAGAUCAUCUAAAACAGGCACCAUUUUGCCGAAGUUAUGCUUUAAUAUAUUAUUCUUCAUACAUUAA